AUCAUUGUGAGACGAUCAUCCACAAGCAGAAGCAUGACAACGAAAAUGACAACUUGACAACUUGAAAUCCUUGACUGGUAAAAACUAGAAUUUGUAGAUGGUGGCGACGCAUUUAGACCGACAUUCAUUGCAGUGUGUGGCAGCUUCGUUACCUGGUUUGGUCAACUUUGAAGUGGAAAAUGCAAGCUCUAAGGUUUGGGCGAACUGUGUUAUCAUGUUCUUGCAGACGACUUUCAGAACCCACAUGUACGCACAAUGUGGCACAAAAGCUUAUGUCCACAACACCUACGGAACCAGUUGUCAUUCGUAUCCCCAAACCUAUGCUCGACCGUGUUGAAAGAACCCGGGAAACCAGACGGAGAACGACCGGUAAGGUCCCUGUCAUCACAGCUGGUAGACUGUUAGUUAAGAGCAAGAACUCUCUUCUCAAUCAGUCAGUGGGGUUUACUUUGGGUAAAUUUGAAGAGACGCGCUUGUGCUCCAAAGGAUGGAAACAUAAAAAGUCGUUCGGUGACUAUUUUACCAUAAACAGCACUCAGACUGUCCCACCAUUCAUCACAGAGGGCGAGCAGGAGGACGCGAACACAAACAAGUCCUCGUUUGCCAAAUUCCGCAUUCAUCACGCAUUGGUGGAGGCUUUGCGUCGGGAGAACAUAAUCCAUCCUACAUCGGUGCAGAGCGAGGUCAUCCCGAAGCUGUUGCGCGGUCAUAACGUCCUGUGCGCAGCUGAGACUGGGAGCGGUAAAACGCUCACAUACCUUCUGCCCAUAAUUCAUGAUCUGCAGAGCAGGAAGGAAAUCCAAAACGAGACUAACACCCAUGCUCUUAUUUUGGUGCCGUCACGAGAGCUGGCAACCCAAGUGUUGUCGGUGUCACGAAUGCUGGGCAAAGAAUUCGAUCUGAAUGUAAGAGUGCUUGGUGGUGGUAGGGGUGUGGGCCACAUCAAGGCAGCCUUCACCCAUGGCGAACCAGACAUCCUUGUGUCCACCCCUGGGGCUCUCUUGAAAGCACUGCCGAGGAAUUAUGUGAAUCUGAGCAAACUCAGAUUUUUCGUAAUCGACGAAGCCGACACCAUGUUCGACCCAAGCUUUGCAGGCAUGCUUGAGCGAAUCUUACACAGGACAGAUGUGGCUUCCACUCUAGCCGAGACCCGAGGCCUGUUUCCCAAAGCCCAGAUGGUGUUGGUGGGAGCGACGUUUCCUGAGGGAGUGGGUGAGGUCCUCAACAAUGUCACCGACCUGGGGAGCAUCCUGACCAUCAAAAGCCAGAGGCUGCACCACCUGAUGCCCCAUGUAAAGCAGACCUUUGUGAAGGUGCGAGGAGCAGAUAAGCUGCUGGAGCUGAGUCACGCCUUGAAGAAGGUGGAACAGGAGGACGGGGUCGGCGUGCUGGUCUUCUGUAACUCCGCGUCCACCGUGAACUGGCUGGGAUUCGCCCUGGAGGACCUGGGAGUUCGCCACGUGCGCCUGCAAGGUGCCAUGCCUGCCUCCAUGAGGCAGGACAUCUUCAAGAACUUCCAGAAGGGCGUCGUCAACGUGCUGGUGUGCACCGACAUUGCCUCCCGAGGACUGGACACCCGCGGGGUGAAGCUGAUCGUGAACUAUGACUUUCCCGAGAGCCACACGGACUACAUCCAUCGCGCAGGGAGAGUGGGGAGAGCGGGCGGGCAGGCUGAUGGGCAGGUGCUGAGCUUCGUCACCCACAAGUGGGACGUGGAGCUGGUGCAGAAGAUGGAGAUCGCAGCCCGGAGGAGAACCAGCCUGCCUGGCCUGGAGUCUGAAAUCCACAAGCCUUCUCCAAAAAUUGAUGAUGUUGAUGAUGAUCAUCAUCCUCAAAACAAGUGAUGCUCUUGUUCCCCUGACUGUCUAGUCUUUUUUUUACAGAUAUUAUUUUGGUCUUUUAGACUCUGCUAUGGAAAGGACAGUACGAGAGGUAGACAGGAAGCGAAUGGGGAGAGAGACGGGGAGAGGUCGACAAAGGACCCGGGCCGGGAAUCGAACCCAGGGCAGCCGUAAGGCAGGCGAGUGCCCCACCAGAUGGCCACGGCAGGGCCCCUGACUGUCUAGUCCAUUGUAUCAGGUUGCUAAUGUCUUUUGUUUAAUGAAAAUGUUUUUGAUUCUGGCGAACAGUAUGUAAACAGAAUGUUUGGUGUAAUUAAGUGGAGCAGUGGAAUAUUCAGGCUCUACCAUUUAUUUCUGAUACUCUUUAGUUAGGAAAUGGAUCGCACUCAGUUUUUUCUUCUUUCUUGUUAUUUUCUUUUUAUUUAAACAAAAAGAAAAUAACAAGAAAGAAGAAAAAACUGAGUGCGAUCCAUUUCCUAACUACCGGUACUUGAUUACUUCAGAGACGCACCAACAAGACGGAAGAGCGCUGUGUGUGGAAGAUAACCUUUCUGAUAGUCUUUACCUUAUAAUGAAAUGAUAUAUUAAAAUAUAACAGAUGGCAACACUUAAACACAGUUGAAAUGUUUAAAUUAAUUGACCUUCAUUUGGGAUUGUAAGAAUUCACUUCACUCACAGAAAAUAAUUUCUUUGGUGUUUUAAAAUAAGAUCUUGAUGUAUCCAUACAUACACCACAAAAAAGUAAAGAGACCAGACAAUA